UUCAGUGAAACACAAUCCCAUUGGGGAGGAAGAAACUAUGCGCAGCCAGCCAGCGAGCGAGCGAGCGAGCAAGCAGUGAAACGCAAACAUUAACUUAAUUCAUCAGCGCCGAUUGUUUGAAGGCGUCGCGGAGGGAGUCAACCCGAUGUGGGAUUAAUUGUUCUGUGUGUCUAAAGAGGAAAAACAAACAAGCAAAGAGAAAAAACUUCCUGACACCAACGGGUUUUUUUUUUUUUGUGAGACUGGAGCUUGACAACCCGGUGAAUCGAGUUUACGAAGAAGUGCUCUCACAUAUCAGUUGUCUCUCUCAGCAGCAAGAGGACUUACUCGAAGCUGGUGGACGGGGAAUUAACUCUGUGGACUCGCUAAUAAACUGUGGACUUUGCCUGCGCUUUAAAAAAAAAAUUAUUUCCCACUCAAGCUGCUGCCGAUAGCGCCUUCACAUUAAUACGAGUUGUUCCUCAAGUCCGCGGCAAUGGGGGAGCAGCCGAUCUACACCACAAGGGCCCACGUCUUCCAAAUCGACCCGACCACCAAGAAGAACUGGGUCCCUGCUAGCAAGCAGGCCGUCACUGUCUCUUAUUUUUACGACAGCACACGUAACAGCUACCGCAUCAUCAGCGUGGAUGGAACCAAGGUUAUCAUCAACAGCACCAUCACACCCAACAUGACGUUCACCAAGACGUCUCAGAAGUUUGGCCAGUGGGCGGACAGCAGGGCCAACACUGUGUUUGGACUGGGCUUCUCCUCAGAGCAGCAACUGGCAAAGUUUGCUGAGAAGUUCCAGGAGGUGAAAGAAUCAGCCAAGCUAGCGCGGGACAAAUCUCAAGAGAAGGGGGAGACGUUGAGCAAUCACUCAGAGGAGUCUGGACGUGAGACGCCCUCGACCAACCAGGCGUCGAGCAUUAAUGGGACGGAUGAUGAGAAAAUCUAUCAUGUCGGUCCGGAGGCUACUGUGCUCAAGAGCGAGAACGAUCGCCUCAAGAGUGCAGUGGAUCUGAGCAACACCAACGCCAAGAAGUGGGAAACGGAGCUGCAGACCCUAAGAGACAAUAACGCCCGGCUGGUGGACGCGUUGCAGGAGUCCUCUGCUAAUGUAGAGAGCUGGAAGAAACAACUUAGUGUCUGCAAGGAAGAGAGUGACACACUCAGGGGAAAGAUUGCAGAGCUAGAAGCCCAGUGUGCUGAGGCUGAUCAGGAGAAGCAGAAAAACGCCCAGCUGAGUGUGCGAGUGCAGGAGCUGGAGGCUGAGCUGAACGACAAAGAGCAGGAGCUGGAGAAUCUGAGGAAGCAGGCAGAGAUAAUCCCUCAGCUCAUGGCAGAGUGCGAGUGCAUCACCGCAAAACUGAAGGCUGCAGAGACGAAGAACGGUGAGCUGGAAGGCCGGAUAGGCGGUCUGCAGGUUGACAUCGACGACAGCCAACAGAAGCAGGGCCAAAUGAAGGGCGAGCUGAAGAAGUUCAUGGAUAUCCUGGAUGGAAAGAUCGACGAGCUGCAUGAGUUUAGGCAGGGGCUCUCCAAGCUAGGCGUUGAUAACUGAGAAAAGUGGCACUGAGUUGAAAGGGUCAAGAGGUCAGGUAUGAAAUGAUUCACUACAGUUUGUCUUCGGGGCAGAAACUAUGUGGCACCCACUCCCCCCAGGUGAUGCCCACUCAGAAACUAUCAGCUUUGGCUUCUAAUAAACACUACCAUGUGAGAAAGAGAGGGAGAGGGAGAUACUGGCAGAAGGAAGGCCAGAAUGCUACACCAAAUAAAUGGCUCUAUUUUUUUUGCGCACUGGCAUUCUGAAACUUUAUCAAGAGUCACACUUUGAGCUUACUGGUCUGUUUCUUGGGUGGGAAUGGCUUUCAAAAGCUGGUGGUGGGUUCUUAGAUUCUGUCCAUCUCUACGGGCAGUCUGAUUUUAGGGUAGUAGAGGGGACUUAAAGGGCUAAAAUGAAUAACACACAAAGACAAUGCUGUUCAGCAUCCAUCGAGUAAUAAUCGGUGUUAAUCCUUGUGGCCCCCAAAGAGAAUUAGAAAUCUUUCUACCGACUGUCCUCUCUGUUGCCUCCCGUCUAUCUCAGGUGUGUUAGGAGACAGUUUGUACUCAUUAGAUUAUAUGCACAUACAUGACAACCGGCCGUGACACAAAGUGCCUCCAGGUGAGUCUAAACCCACCUGGCAAGGAGAACUGGCCAAGUGAUGACCAUCACCAUAAUGAUAACUUGAUUUUUGUGAGAAAAAAACCACUCACUAAUGCAUCGAGGUGCCGCAGAGACCACCCUGAGGAUGCAGAUGUGGUUUGUGGAUGUGAAACAGGUGUUUACUGAAAACACCCAAAGGAGACAGUCCUUCUCAGAGUAGUUUUUGUGCAAACACCUUUUUGAUUAUAAUUGCAUAAAAAAAGGAAAACUCUCGUCUCAGGAGCUUUCCAUCAGAAACAUCCAAAACUAUGAAAAAUACUAUGAUAGGAAUUGAUUUUGCCAUGUGUGUAGUGUGGUGUUCAAGGGACUCUGUGUGUGCAAUAGUAUUGUUGUCCAUUUGUAGAACAAAGACAUGAAUCCAAGGCUGUUUCUGUGCUUCCUAACACAGCGGUUUUUGUUAUGGUGGUGGUUAUUUUGGGUUGAGGGGAACUAGUGCUGCUCAACAGGUGAACAAUGUGAAAGUGUACUUCACUGAAAAGAUGGCAUGGGCCUUUUUCACUGCUAACCUGUCAGAUUCUUAUUUUUUGUUUUACAUAUUUAUUUAUUUUUGGUGCCUCUCUGCCGUUAGUGUUUCUAGAAAAAAAAACCAAGUUAAUCAACCUUAACCUUAUGUCUCUAUAAAUGUACAAUAAUAUAUAUAAAAAAUACCAAACUGUCAGAAUUCAGAGGUUGUGUUUGCAGAAUGAUGUAAUGCUGCUUUUGGGAAAUCCAUCUUUAAUCAUGGUACAUUUAAGGUCACAGGCUCAUUUGGUAGUGGCAUAAUUGCUGGGUUAUACUAUGAUGUUCUAAGCAUAUUUUUUCAUCACUGUUUUGAUCUUGUUAACAUGGAGAUAUUUACGAACUGACUCGUUGCUUCUCUCUGUUUAGCCCUCCUGUUCAUAAGUCACCCGAACCUGAUAACACAACGUAUGAUCCUUCCUUUUGAACCAAUGCCUCUUGUGCACUUUUGUGACUCCUGUUCAAUAUUGUAAAAUAGAACUGACAAUUGUUAAAAUUUAGUUUAAUUACAA